AUGGCCCUGCAGGGGACACCCCAAGGAGAGGGGGCCCGGGACCCAGGGCCUCUCCACCCCUUUUGUCUGCAGUUUGAAGCCUUCCACGCGGGGGGCCUGGCCCCGGGCUGGAGCCUACUGGUGCAGGGACACUCUGACUCUGGAGAGGACCAGUUUGAGAUCAACUUCCUGUCCGAGACGGGCGACAUCGUCUUCCACAUCAAGCCCCGGUUCUCCAGCGCCACCAUGGUGGCCAACGCUUUCCAGGGCGGCCGCUGGGGCCAGGAGGAGGCGUCCAGUGUCUUCCCGCUGGUGCUCGGGGAGCCCUUUGAGAUGGAGGUCAGCUCGGACGCAGAACACUUCCACGUCCACGCCCAGGAGCACAAGGUCCUGCAGUUCGCCCACCGCCACAGGCCGCUGGCCGCCAUCACGAGGGUGCAGGUGCUGAGCGACCACCGCCUGGCCCAGGUGGAGCUGGCCAGGAAAGGCCUGUGCUGGGGGGCCGGGGGCUACUGAGCUGUGUUCGAAGUCCCGGGAUUGAGCCUUGGCCGUUGACCCUCUCGCAUCCAGUGAAGCCCACCCUGGAGAAGCUGGAGGGAGAGGGCUCUGUGGUUCUGGGACCCCCUAUUUCAGCUCCACCUCCAAUAAAGUUUAAGCAGGCUACAGAAGCUUGGCUGCUGUGAGACGGGGGUGGGCCACUGCGGGGCGGGGGCCAGAAGUCCCUGAGACCUGUGUCUUGGGGAUGGGCUGACCCUUAACUCAUCCCCAGGACACAGGGGUCUGGGGGGCUGCGACGGACACAGGCUUGGGGUUGUCGUUACUGUUCAGCCGCUCAGUCGUGUCCGACUCUUUGCGACCCUGUGGGCUGCAGC